AUGUCCUGGGAACUUACCAGGCGACGGAUAUCCCGCUCCGUCAACGAAAAAUACCUUUUCGGUCGCAUUGUGAGUACUGCCAGAACACCCACGACCAAAGUUCCAGUCCCAAACUGGCUUGACUCAUCCGCCAUUAUUUGCCUGCAUUCCUCUUAUCUUCAAGCGGCGCCUCUUCUGGACCCCAUGCAAGUCCUCACGAACAGACCUCAUUGUUUCUGUUGCGCACUGCCUGACAUUUAG